CAGACACAUGAGUCCUAGCAUGUCGACCUGAUCUGAAAUGGGCGACCCAACCAACACCAGCAACUUUCUGGACUACGACGUUCCUCUGGACGAGAUCCCAGACACCACCCGGGGCCGAGCGUUCUUCGUGGCCACCAUCGUCAUUGGCGCGGUCCUGGUGGGCAUCAUACUGGUCUGCGGCAUUGGGAACUGCCUGUUCAUCGCCAGCCUCGCCCGCUACAAGCAGCUCAGGAACCUGACCAACCUGCUGAUCGCCAACCUGGCGGUGUCGGACGUCCUGGUGGCGGGGGUGUGCUGCCCCUUCCUGUUGGACUACUACGUGGUGAAGCAGCUGUCGUGGGAGCAUGGCCUCGUGCUCUGCGCCGCCACCAACUACCUGCGGACUGUGUCGCUCUACGUGUCCACCAACGCACUCCUAGCCAUCGCCGUGGACAGGUACAUGGCGAUCCUCCACCCUCUGAGGCCUCGUAUGAAGAACCAGACGGCGUACUGCGUCAUCCUGACCGUCUGGAUCGUCCCCAUCUUCAUCUCCAUCCCCUCGGCGUACAUGGCCUCCGAGACGACGUACCCUCACGUGGAAGGCCACGCCCACAAGACCUUCUGUGCUCAGAUCUGGCCCGUGGACCAGCAGGUCUACUACCGCGCCUACUUCCUCCUCAUCUUCGCCCUGGAGUUCAUCUGCCCCGUCGCCGUCAUGGCCGUCUGCUACACCCACAUCUCCAGGGAGCUGUGGUUCAAAGACGUCCCGGGUUUCCAGACGGAGCAGAUCAGGAAGCGCCUGCAGAGGCGUCGCCGGACGGUGGUGGUGCUGAUCCUGGUGCUGGUGGCCUACGUCCUGUGCUGGACGCCGUAUUACAGCUUCGCCCUGCUGCGCGACUUUUACCCCACCCUCAUCUCCAGGGACAGGAACUCCCUGGUGGCCUUUUACAUCAUUGAGUGCAUCGCCAUGAGCAACGGGGUCAUCAACACACUCUGCUUCGUGAGCGUCAGGAACAACAGCAAGCGCCUGAAGAAGGCAAGCAGGUUCUCGCUGAGGUUGGUGACGUUUGUGGCCGCCAAGUCGGCCGAUGACGUCACUCGGACGUCGUCCCUGCGAGUGACGGAGGACGUGGAUGUAGCUCGGCUGAGGUAGACCUCAGAUGGAUACGUGGAUAAAUCAGAGAGCCUCCAGCUGAGGUGACGCUGCCCCGUGGAGCUCAUCAAACCAACCACUCCGUCAGGUCAAUGUGUUGAAGGAACCAGUCGACUCAUGUCGGAUUCAUACAUCAGAUUCUGAGAAUCCUCUCAUUUAGCUCCUAGCACAGCCUAAAACUACCCAGCAAGGGGUCGUAUCUUAGGAGUGAUUCCAAGGAAUGGACAGAAACUCUGAUCUCAGUGAGGAGGUUUCUAGGUAUGAGGCAACAUUUCAAUCGAUCCUAAAAGCUGGAGAAAAAUACACUUUUGGUGAUAAAGGCCAUAGACUUAAUCAUAGAAUCUAAUCUCCAUUAGAUUCUUAAUACAACCACACCCGUUUGGUAUUAAAAUGACUCAGCUUUCAACUAUUUCUGAGAUCGCUAACCCGCCAGAUUUCUCCACCAUCCAAUCUGUCAUUCUGUUUGGAGAAUCUUUCCACCAUUUUCUCCUCUGCUUCAGAAACCUCUUAAAAGUCAUCCUCCCUAAACAGAUCUCACCUCAGAGCCAAGAUUCUACUCCAAUAUUUGUUGAAAUAUUAACUUUUCUUCCAUACAGAUAUCUGGUCGAUAUCAUUGAUCGAUCUUCAAAGGGUCCUGAGAGACAUCUGGAAAGGUUUGAGGUCUGAGGACGAGAACUAAAACCCUCCCAGCAUCAAAGCUGGAAUCAAAGACGACGUGGUGGGUUUGUAUUCACACGUGGAAUAACUCAGAGACUUUUUGCAUGUGUGAGGGAAAUUUAGAGGACACUUGUCAGAUGUUGUGUUUGGAAAGGAAACGUCUUCAAGGGUCUUUUCAGGGUGUCACGUUGUUGACUCUGUCGGUCGUUCACAGAGGAAAACCCACGUCAUCUCAAAGGUUCUGACUGAACUUCAUUUACUGUGAACACAUUUAAAGCUUGGAUCUGAACAUGAACUGUAGGAUGUCUUUUUCAUUCUGGAUCAUAUUUAAUGUUCGUCCAUGUGAUUGAUGACGUUAUUUGUCAAUAUGACUCUAAUUUUUACAGUUAGAUGAACUGAAAUGAAUUAAUUUGACACAGUUUUUCAAGCUAAAUUAAACAAAAGAUGAAUGUUGACCUUGGAGAGAGUGUUGCAUUCUGGGUUGUUUUAGCUUAACAUUGCUAGGCUACCAAGUGCCAUCAGUCAGAACAAAAAGGGUUUGUUAUCUGAGUUUAACCUGGAGUUAACAAGCUAUUGAGUGGCUAAAUAAUAUAUAUAUAUAUAUAUAAACUUAAUACAAUAGAAACUCUAUACAACUAACAUCAAAUCAAAUAAUACUAAACUAACUGAAGUCAUGAGAACACUAGCGCUAAGUAACUGUUAACAUCUAGAGGCCACAAGGCUAAAGCUAACAAAAUGUCAUAAGGAAAAGACGGUCUGUUGGGAAUCUCAAGUAAAAAUAUACAUCUAUAUGUCUAAAUUCAGAUUAAAACUCAGCAAACACGUCACAACUCAUUAACUCAGAGCUCCAAGAAAAUCUCCAGUUACAAAGUCAUGAAUAUCAUCAUAUGAACUCUACUAGGUACUAGUUGAACACACAAUAAUCCCAUUAGCAUUAGCAGCUAAAUGCUUCCUGUCUGUUAAUAUGAAGACAUUUGACUUUGCCGUCAUUACCUGUGAACUAACUCCUUCCUUCAUGAAGACCUCUGCCUGAAAAGAAUGUCAACAUUACAUCCACAUCAGCUGAUCAUGCUACGUUAGCUAAGCGCAGUAGAAAUGUUUAUCUAAUCAUAUCCAAAAAGUGUAGAUUUGUAGCUUUGUACAUCAACAACCCUUCCACAAACACAUGUCCCAUUAACACAGGAGAACCAACUCAUCAGCCUACACCUGAAGGACAAAGGACACUCUUUUGAAGAUAGCAACGUCCAAAUCUUAGCCAGAGUGAAGGAGGACAUCAAUGGCUGCAUUUCUGUUACACUUUCUCGCAAAAUAAAAGUGAUAUUUCUGAAAUUU